AUGGAAGCCUCCCGCCAACCCUCCUCCAUCCCACCAGCCAACCCCCCAAGCGUGGAGAUCGCCUAUAAGCGCAAAUGCAUAGCGCUGAAGAAGCGUCUCGCAGAAGUCGAAGCUGAAAAUGAAAUCAUGCGCACCCGCAACCGCCGCGGCUCCCAAUACAUCCAGAAAAUGCGCCUGGAAACCUGCAUGCUUCUCGAGCGUCUAACGAAGGUUACCGGCAUGGCCGACGAGGCAAAGACCGGCGCCGCAAACCCGGAACUGCGUGCCCGCGCCGCGGCCAUGAUGAAUCCCGCACAGGGGGGAGCCGGCGUGCUUCUGGAAGAUGAUACCGAGGGUAGCUCCGAUGAGCAGCCGCGCACACCCGAGGAACGUCCCCUACGCGUUAAGCGCUCCCGCAAGUCCAACGCCCCCGGCAUUGAUGGGCAGGAUGAUGAUCUCCCCGCUCAAGAUGGACAUCCCGAAUCUGCAGAUCCGGCUGGUGCAGCCCUGCCCCGUCUCGCGCCGGCUCCGACGCAGGAGUCUCUUACCCAUUCCUUCCGUGUGCAGACGGGUAGUGGUGGCUCUGCUGACCAGACUCCUGCUGCUGCUGAGGCUGGUCCUGAGUCUGGGACUACGCCGAUGGAUGUGGAUAAGGAGGAGGUUAAGCAGGCUAAGGUUGAGUAG